GAUUAUUAAAAAAAAAAAGAUAACAAUACGAAUGGAGUCCGCUACGUGGUGCAAUUUCAUUCUGAUUUUUGACGUACAUCGUAGUUACACAUAACAAUUAUGAAACUAAAAGUUAUUUAAUGUUUUAUUUCAUGUUUGCGUAAGUUAUUAGUUUUUACGUGAAUGUACUUCUGAAUCAGACAGUAUGUGGGUUUUGUCUUUGCAUUAUUUCAAAUGGUUUAGGGCGCAGUCAACAACAAUGUUUGACUACUGGAAAAAGCUACUUAUUCUUUUGGCGUGUAUUGAAACAUGUCGAGGCUUUUAUGUGCCUGGUGUUGCACCUGUAGAAUUCAAGAAAGGAGAUAGAAUUGAAGUUAAAGCAGUGAAAAUGACUAGUACUCAUACUCAGUUACCGUAUGAUUAUUACUCGCUACCAUUUUGUGUACCAAAGAAUAGAAAAGUUGUUUAUAAAACAGAAAAUUUAGGGGAGGUUCUGCGCGGGGACCGCAUCGUCAACACCCCGUACGAGGUCCAGAUGGCCGAGAACAUCUCCUGCAGGCUGCUGUGCCACUCCCCCAACACGCCCAUGCACUGGAACGACGACCAGUCCCAGAUGGUCGUCAACCGGAUCCAGCACGAGUACUUCGUCCACUUGCUGAUCGACAACCUGCCGUGCGCGACGAAGCUGAGGAACCAGGAGACCAAGGAGGUGCACUACGAGCACGGCUAUCGCCUGGGAGGGGCCGUGGGCGACAGCAUCUUCAUCAACAACCACCUGAAGCUCAUCCUGCUGUACCACAGCAAAAACAAGGAGACGUACAGAGUGGUCGGUUUCGAAGUGGAGACCAGCAGCGUGGACGUGAAGGAGUACACGUUUGACGGCGACUCGUGCUACUUCACCAACCACCUGAAGCCUCAGUACGUCAGCAAGAAAGGCGGCACCAGCCUGUACUUCAGCUACUCGGUCGAGUGGAAGGAGUCGGACGUCAGCUGGGCGUCUCGCUGGGACAUCUACCUGGGCAUGAGCGACGUGCAGAUACACUGGUUCUCCAUCAUCAACUCCCUGGUGGUCGUCUUCUUCCUGUCAGGGAUCCUGACGAUGAUAAUGAUCCGCACGCUGCGCAGGGACAUUGCGCAGUACAACGCGGACGAGAGUCCCGAGGAAGCGAUUGAGGAGACGGGCUGGAAGCUGGUGCACGGAGACGUGUUCCGACCGCCGCGCUACCCCCGCCUCUUCGCCGGCAUCAUCGGCAGCGGCAUUCAGAUAUUCUUCAUGUCCCUCAUCACCAUAUUCAUCGCGAUGCUGGGCAUGCUGUCGCCGGCCUCCCGCGGAGCGCUGAUGACUGCCGCCAUCUUCCUGUACGUGUUCAUGGGCCUCAUUGCCGGCUACUUCUCUGCGAGGCUCUACAAGACCAUGAAGGGCCGUCAGUGGAAGAGGGCAGCAUUCUUGACUGCAACUCUCUACCCGGGCGUCGUGUUUGGGCUGGGAUUCUUCCUGAACUUCUUCAUCUGGGGGAAGCAGUCGAGCGGUGCCUUGCCCUUCUCCACGAUGAUAUCCUUGCUCUGCCUCUGGUUCGGGAUAUCCCUGCCGCUCGUCUACCUGGGCUACUACUUCGGCUACAGGAAGCAGCCUUUCCAGCACCCCGUGCGCACCAACCAGAUCCCGAGACAAGUGCCGGACCAGCUGUGGUACAUGAAUCCCCUGCUGAGCAUGCUAAUGGCUGGUGUGCUCCCUUUUGGAGCUGUAUUCAUCGAGUUGUUCUUCAUAUUUUCUGCCAUUUGGGAGAACCAGUUCUACUACAUGUUUGGCUUUCUCUUCUUGGUGUUCAUAAUCCUGGUCAUAUCAUGCUCCCAGAUAUCCAUCGUGAUGGUGUACUUUCAGCUCUGUGGCGAGGAUUACCACUGGUGGUGGCGUAGCUUCCUCGUCUCUGGAGGCUCUGCAAUCUACGUGCUUUUGUACUCUGUGUUCUACUUUGCCACGAAACUGGAGAUAACGGAGUUCAUUCCGACGCUGCUCUACUUUGGCUACACCUUCAUAAUGGUGUUCACAUUCUGGCUGCUCACUGGAACAAUAGGAUUUUUUGCAGCCUACAGUUUCAUUCGCAAGAUCUACGCAGCUGUUAAAAUCGACUGAGACCUCUGAGAUGUGCUCCAUCGUUCGAAAGACUUUGUAAUGCAUCGAACAGUAUUUGUGAAAUAUUUUUGUGCCGGUAACAAAACAUUGUGAUAGUGUUCCCAAAGAUUUUUUUUAGUGACGGAAAAUUAAUUCAAGAUAUGAUCACAAUGAACUGUUUUUCUGAGAAUGGAGUAUUGCAUCAGGACGGCGAGUGCACUAUUUUGAACUUCUCUAAUUUAACUUGUACACACAGACAGCUGGUGCAAGAAAAUUAGUUAAUAUUUAGAUUUGUUCUCACUUGAAGUGGAGAAAAAAAAACUUUUUAUUUUUUUGAUGUGCAUCUUAAUAGGGACUUAGUUUACACAUGAAAUGAUUGUUUUACUUGUGAUUGUCGUGCUUAUAUGUAAAAUGAAUUUAUUUGCAUUUUGAAAAUACAAUAUUACUUGUAUCUUAAUUUUAACAUUGAAUUUAGUAUUUUUAUGAAUAACCUUUCUUAAUAAUUUUAAGUUUUUUCUUGUACAAUGAAAGGUACUUUUUCCGGUGUGCUACGGUUGAGCAUAUUCUGUAAUGCAGGCCCAAGCUGUUGAUUAGCUGCCAAGUCUCAUUAGGCUAUUGUUUCAGUGGAUGUGUGUUGUGAUUAAAAUUAAUUUGUCAGAAUAGCUCAGAAUUGUUGGUCAGAACUUAGUGGUUUCAGUGCAGGCGUGUUCUUAUAUCAGUUUGUUCAUAUACCAGCGAAGAUAGAAUCCAACGACAAUGCGUAUUACCUUUAAAGUGAUUAUUAAAUAGUAUUGGAAAAAAAAAAAACUGAAGAUGUUAACAGAUUGCUGGCUGCAAGAGAUGAUAAAGGAGAGUUUUAAAUGCUUUUUCAAGAUCCCUCUUCUGCCUAGAAAGAUUUCUGUUGUAAUUUUUUUUUCUUGCAUAUCCGACAGACGCUUGUUUUCAAAUACAAGACUAAUCAAUUUUUUUUUACAUUCAUUGUUAUGAUCUAUUGAUAACUUACAAAUAGCAUUUGGAUGUCACAACUAAAUGCGAAAAAUCAAACUGGUUUUAAUAACCAACUACAGUAAACUCCCGGUAUAUCGCGCCUCGAUUGAUCGCGGAAUCGGGUAUAUCGCGGGUCAAACCAUGUCCCCCAGUCAGAAAUGAAUAAUAAUAAUGGAAUAAAUGGUUGACAGCCGAUUAGGAUAAUUUUGCGUUGUAACUAACAAACUAAGCAUCGGGCAGAAAAAAGCCUAGGCGUAGAAAAUGUCCGCAGUAAAAUUCUAAACAAGAUAUCUCCGUACAUUAUUCCUCUAUCUUGUAGGGUUUUCAAAUUAUGGUCCAAUCCAGCCCAGUGAUAUUUUCUGAAACACUAGUUCUUAACGUCGCUUUAUCUCACAAAUGAAGCAUCGGACAGGGGACCUGAUAAAGCCCACCGUCCAGCGACAUCCAGCGUGACUCGGCUGGGGAUUGAUGUUGGAUAGGCUUGGUUGUCGGCAAGCGCUGGGUAGGGAGAGGCGAGCCGAGAAUAUGGAGAGAAGUAGAGAUUAGAGCGGGCAGAAACACGAGGGGGAGUGGGGGAGGGAAUGUGUUCACGCAGCACACAGGCAGAGCAUGAGUCACUUGACUGAGCAGCGUCCCUGCGUACAAGGCAAAAUCAGGUAGUCCGGUGUUUAAAAUUCCACUCCAGAAUCUUAAUUGGUACUUUACUGGACAUCUGUAUAUAAAUGUUUUGUUACAACUUAAACCUACAGACGUAAUAUUAUUGGGUAAUUCAUUGUAUUAUACAAGUUCAUCUUUUUACUUUGGUAUAAUGUUUUAACAUUAAAUAGUAAAGUAAAUCGGCUAGCGUAUUUUUAAUCUUUGCCCAGGAAUUCCCAGUGGUCCAAUAUUUACGUGAACCAUACUGUACCACUUUUGACGUGAGGUAGUAAACAAGUCCCGGAAAUGUUUAUGUGUAGCGGUCUCCCGACCUUUAAACAGAGGCUGGGGAAUAUAACACUUGCCGAUCCGAGCCACACACACUCAGCAACUCGACACAGCGUUUGGUGAAAUAAGUAAAGACAAAGUUCAACACGGUUUUUAAUACGGCGUCACUGAUUGCGCUAAAAUUAAAUUGGCGCAAUUUUUGUUUCCCACAUGUGACCAUUUAUAAUUUACUGUAAGCAUGGAUAAUAAAGUUUAACCACUUGACACGAUAGACGAUUCUUUAUUUUUUAUUGUACGAAUGCUAGAAUCGUUUUUUCCCUGUAUCUGCGGCCUGCUUCUACAAAAGACAAGCUAUCUGUAAGUAAAUCUAGAAUUUUUAUUUUGUCAAUCAAACUCGGUACUUUGCGAUUCAUAUUCGGUUUGAAGUAUCACUACGGCCUUUCUUUUUAGAAGACUUUGACCACAGACUCGUGUGUAACCGCACACACUGCACUUACUUUGUUACGGACACUGACGAAGCAGAUACUGUGGCUAACAACACGAGACUGGCAGCAGCAGCUUGUGUGCCGCACGUGUGUAUGGCGGCGUGUGGCGCGCUCGUAGGCCGUGCGACAAACUGUGCGCGGCACGCGGAAAAAUAAAAACAAUUCAACAUUUAAUAUUUAUCUUUAAAAUUUAUUAUUUUUAUUUUUUCACCCGUGUUUAGUGAAAACUGCGGAUGCAAAGUCCGCACAAAGGCGGGCUGUCUAUACUGUGCGUGCUUGCCGACCUAUUAGAACACAGGCUGUGUUUUAUGCCUUUUGACCUUGGUCACAUCGAAACAUCGCGGUUAUGCAACAACGCGGGUAAAAGUUAUGUCCCCCGACAACCGUGUUAAAUAGGGAGUGUACUGUAGUUCUUAUGUGUGUGUGCGUGAUCUACAGAGGUGGAUGCAGGAAGUGUGAACACUUCCAUUUCAUUCUCAUUGUUUGACAAACUCUUCAGAACACAUGUCCACUGUAAUCAUAGCCUUACUGUUUUGCGGGUGUUUAGUUCGCUCAGUGUGUAUCGUUAAUGUAUGUUUUCAUUUCAGUACAGUGUUUCCUGUUUAGUAAUGGGUUGCAUUUCACAUUUGUCGGGCACAUUUCCAUAGUAAUAUUUCAAAGAAGGCCAAUUGUAAUCUGCAUUUUUUUUUUCUAUAGAGUAAUUUAUUCAAACUUGUUUCAGAUCCCAUUGUACUACAACAUAGUAAUUUUUCUUUGUCAUACCGACUGAUACUAUGUUCAUCAUCAAUGAUCUGGCAGAAUCAAUAAUCCGGGAGACAAGGUUAUACGGUGAACUGCGAUAAAACCGAAAUAACACUGAAAAGCAUGUCAAUAUACCAGAUACACUGAAAUUCAAGUUAAUGCCCCAUAAGUAGAGACAUGCAAAAGGUGUGUUUAUUUUGUGAUGAAAAGUGGUGUUAUUUUCCCUUAAAAUCGGUGUUAUUUUUACCUAAUGGUGGGGUUAUUAUUUUUUUUAUUUCUACAAUUUCAAGUGUAAGAAAUAUGAAGAGAACAUUGUAAUAUAAUUGCACCAUCAAUUGAAACAUUAUAAAUUAAAAUUACACAAAUAUAGGUUAAAAAGACACAAGUUUAAGAAUUCAGAUUCUAAAUUAAGUCAACCCAAUAAUUUCAGAACCAAAGUACUUUGACACAACAUUUAACUUUCAAAUGAAAAAAUAGCCAUUGUAGCUCAAUUUUCUUGUUUCAAAUUAGUUCUCUUGUCAGUGAGAACAUUAUUGUAUUGUAACAAGAAGCGUUCCGAAUCAACGUUUGCACACAACAUCCACACUGCUUCCAGGCACUUGUCAGAAAAUUCAGGUUGUGAAAGUUUUAAAACUUGAAGUGCCUUCACUACAUCCACACUGCUUUCCUUCAUUUGUUUCUCAACUAUCUGUUUUAACUCUCCAAAACCGGUGAUCAGCUCCUGGCGGUCCAUUUCUUUCAGAGUAGAAACUUUACACAACUUAGCAAGCAAAAUAGGGCUCAUGUCCAUAAUCAAAAUAUUUUUUGGAUUAAAGACAGUCAGUGUUUCAAAGUCAAGUCUGCUUGGAUCUGUAGCCAUCAAGCUGGUAAGCUUCACCAGAGAUUUUGUAGACACUUGCACUACACUUAUUUUCACAGCAGCUGCUUUCGUGGUGUUCAUGUGGUCCAAAACUUGUUUUGUUUCGUCAAAAAAAUGCACUCCAUGUUUCCAAAGUUGCGCUGCACCUUGGUAAGCUCACUAUGCAAAAUAUGAGCGUUUGGCUAGCUCCAGUCUUCUAGCCUCGUUAUUAAUGUAUUUUUGGAUAAAAAAAAUUUUUUUUAACACAUAUCGCCCAACUACGUAUUUACCCUCGCAUAUAAUCCACUAUCACGGAAUUCUCGCUCACGAAGUUUGGUGAUUGCUUGAGGUUUCGGCAUAUUUUACACUUUCAAACCUAUGCUGAGAAAUAUGAAGACGUUUUCUAUCACAAACUACAGUUUUUAUAAAAUAGUUGCACUGUAUACAACAUUUUUAAACAAAAAUUCCUAUUCAUAAACAUAAAACGUAAUUUUUAAGUUUGUUUACUGUAAGAGAACAAAAUUAAAACAGUUUGCACAGACCAUAGUACAUGCAAGAUGAACAGUUGUGCAUAAUUUAUAAUUUGCUUCGCGACACAAGCGCUGUAACGCACAAAAUAUCCAACAAAAUGGCCGUACAUUACUCUUUGACUCUGUAAACGUGCCUUCGAGACUUGAGCGUUUAGUGCACGAGUGCAGUUCGCCAAGAACGCGUCGUAUCAAAUAAAUAAUGAAACGUAAACAUUGGCAAGUGUAGUCUUUACGUUGAUGGUGUUAUCAGUGGUAACAACGGCUAUUUAUUUACUUUUUUUAAGUUACCAAAUGGCGGGAAAGUGUGGUUAUUCGUGGUAAACAAACGAUUUCGCAAAAAAAAAUCGCGGUAUCAGAAAUUAUGUAAAAGUGAGGUUAUUCGUGUUAAACUUACGAAUUUCGCGUAAAAAUUCGUUUUAUCGUAAAUGCGAAAUUUGCAUGUCCCUACCCAUAAGCCAUAAAGCACUGAAAUACAAUUAAAAUAAUGAAACUACGGUAAUCAGCAUUUUCAAUCAAAACCUAACUCUAAUGACAAAUAUGUAAUCUUUUAAAUAGCAAAUUCAAUAUAAGUAACUUAGUAUGUUUUUAUGUGAAAAAAUUGUCAAAUCCUUGCAUCUGUUAUUAGUUACACCAAUCCCUCACUGAGCACGACUAAUGCGUUCCUAAUAAUAUUCAUGUUAUCCGAAAUCGCGUAUUAUGAAGCAUUGGUCUCCAUAAAUAGCAAGGCUAAUUUACUUAAUGUGUUCCAAAAUGUGUAGGGAAAUAUUUAUAAGCCUACCAUCGAAUACUUCGUAUGACGGUAUGACAAAUACGACAUAGCAUAACGGGAGAUACGUGGUUUAUGUACUACUUUAUCGUCAGUUGGCUGGCUGACUUGCCCGCCCGGACAUGACUUCAACUCAUGUCGCAUACCUUUUCACGAACUUCCCAAACCAUCCUUUACUGACAGUAAAACCGAUAUUACUGUCCAGAAAUUUACAUUUUCAUUUUUCAAAAAUUAAAGUGCUUAUUCGUGUAUCACACCUUGGUUCACACGAAUCCUGUCAGGUACGUGAUUUUUUUGACGUGAUAAUGUCUAAUAAAUCGAUGAACGCCGGCUGCACGCACGAAAAAGUGUCCCACUACGGAUGUCCCACUACGGAUGUGUCCUGUUUGCUCAUUGUACGCAUGUGUGGCAUCUCUCUUCAUGCUCAUUCAUUGUACGCAUGCGUGGCAUCUUUCUUCCACUCGAUUGGAACAACCAUAGAUUUGACUUUUCAAUCAUAUUUUCGUCGUUUGAAUUAUUAAUAUUAUGUAAUUUAAUGAUCGUUUACCGAUUUUCAGCACAAUCAGUAUGGUUAUUUAAAAUUAAUGUUGAAUAUUCAAAUACAUUUUGAACCAACAAUGGUUUUUUUACAGUUACACAUAAUAAUUCAAAUUACACCCGGGAUCUUUUGCACAAUGUUUUAAAAAAUAUUGUAACACAUUAUAAAUACGUUUGGUGUAUUUGGGAUGCGUAUGUUAUAAAAUCGUGUUAUAAAAACGAAAUAAUAUUAUUCCCCUAAGGUGAACAAAAUUUUUAUAAAUAUGUAUAUAACAUCUAAAAAUAUUACUUUUAUAAGUAUGGCCUCGUGGCCGUGGGGUUAGCCACGCUAACUUUCAUUUCAUUUCAAUCCUUUGUAUCCAUACAAAAUAGUGAUAAUUCAAUAAAAAUGAUUCAAUGUUAUUCAUAAAAGUAUGCAGAGGUAGAUUUUAUCAUACAAAAGAUAGAAAAAUUUAAAAAAAUUUUCUUCCUUAAAGAAUAUAAUAUUUUUAAUGCCUAAAUGGUUUGGUUGCAAAAACCUAUUACGGCUCAGUCUCAGGCCGAUUAUGAUAUUUCCUUUUCUUCUGGAUCAAUCAUUUCAUCAAUGUUUUGUUAUAACGUUGUCACGUUAAACUAUCGUCCGUAAACCGACUUUACAGACAACCAAUUUUUUUUUUCUUUGCACCAUUCAUUUAACAACCGUUUCCAUGUGAAUCAUCUGUUCAUUUAUGUUCUGGUAUCUCAUGUCAGAUGUAUUCCCCCUAGUACAACCAACAUCAGCACCAGCAUCAGACUUACAUAAAUGUUUGAUAUUCCUUAUUUUGUAUGACUGUGCUGAUGUUUGUAAACUAACUGUAUGCCACAGCACAAAUGUUGUUUACAGAAGUUGAAACAGACUUCGUGGCGUCAUACCCGACUUUUUUUGUGCCUGCGGAGAUUUUGCGCUAACUGAACUGGGGCAGUGAAAUCUGAAGACAUGCUAAGUGAGGGAUUGGAGUACUUAUUUUUUUAUUAUGACGUUAGUACAUUUUUCAAUCACAAAACUACCAAACAGAUUAAUUUUAUUUGUUCCAAAUAGUUUGUGACAUGCUUACUAUAAAUCAUAUUAUUGUAAAAGUAUAUUGUGUAUCAUUCAAAGUGACAUUGUUUUGUCAAAAUUAGUACAAUGAAACAUUUUUGGCUCAGUAAUGUGCUAUAUCUUUUUUAAUAAAUAAAUUUGAUAAAAAACAAAACCAUAAAAUCUUGGAUUAAAGAUCCUUUCACUGUAAUAGGUUAGCAGUUUUAAGUACUAUGUAUAUGUGGUUGUUACAUCUGAGCUUAAUCUGUGAGACUGAAGGGAAUAAAGUUGCACAACACCACUUCCCAGCCAAAAAAAUUAUCCUUCAUGUAGUCAUUCAAUAUAAUACUUAUAAAUGUGUAAAUGUAUGCAGCAAACUCAUUUUCUGCACUCACGGCUUGUAAAGUUAUAAUGUUAAAAAAAUACACAUAUGCACAAACAUAUAUAGUAAGCAGCCGGUAAAUCUUGUUUCAUUCAUGAACUACUUAUGUAUCAGUUAAGCUAUAGAAGUAACACCAUGUUUAUUACCAGAUGAUUUUUAUUCCAACAGAAUUUAUAUGCAGUGGAAGCUUACAAUGCUACAACUAUGACAACUUACAAUGGCAGAUGAUUUCAUCGUAACUAUAAAGCACUGGAGCACUUGAAGCCAAAAAUAUACUAUGUAUAUACAUAUAAUAAAUUAAGUCCAAAGUGAAAUUCUCACAUCGUCCAAUAAUGUAUGAAUUUCUCUUUGUAUCCCUAAAAUGGUGCUUGUAGAACAAAAAUAUGCAUAGAACAAAAAUUGCCAAUGUAUUCAUGAAAAAAAAAAAA